AUGGCAACGCUGGCACCUUCAUCAACCACAAACUCUACCUCCUCUACAACAACCCCAGUUCUGGAUGAUAAGAAAAUUCUUUCCUUCUUUCUUUCUUGUGAUAAAUUAAAGCAAAAUCACAAAUUUCCCAAAAUGGAAAAAAUGUGCAGAGAAUUUGUUGUGAAAAAUUCAAAUUCUGUUGAAAUUAGAUAUAUAGCCACUGUUCGAUUGUAUCUUGCACUGGCUCUUCGGGAAUUGUUAUAUUUCAACGAUUCUGUUCAUCAUUUCAAAUUGGCAAUUUCUGAAUGUCCAUCUAUGGGAAGAGAUCCAAUAAUUUUGACAGAUUUUGGACAUUCAUUGUUUUCUGCAGGACUUUAUGAGGAAGCUCAGGCAAAAUUUGAUUUGGCACUUGAGAUUUAUUGUGGAGAAUCGAAUGAGAAAGAUGUGGCUGCUGAUUCUUUGGAUUGGUCACAAGAUUCAAUUCUGUCCAAGUUGACCAGAAAUGCAUUGGAUAUGGAGGAAUUGAAAAGUGGAUUGGCAAUGUGUCAAUUAAUGAUUCUCGAUCCAAAAACUCCAGAAUAUAAGGAUAUUCUAUUUAUUUUGAAACCUAACAAUCAAUAUUCAAUUACUCACUCGCUCACUUUCUAUGCAAUUGGACUUUAUUAUGAAAUGAUUAAAGAUUACAAUAAGGCAAUUGAUCAUUACAAUGGAGCUUUGAAGAAGGAUCAACAGUUUGAGGCAGCACUUGAGAGAAUGGCUGUUUGUCAAAUGAAUUUGGGUCAAUUUGAUAAAGCCAAAUCGAGUUAUGAUCUCACAUUGCAAAUGAAUAAGCAAAAUUAUAGAGCUCUGUACCAAUUGGCUAAACUUCAUAUUAGAGCUGGAAUGCCACAAUUGUCAAAGAGCAAAUUGAGAAGUAUUUUGACUCUUGAUAAACAGGUGGAAAAGAUUGAAUCGAGUGAGGACAGGUUGAAAUUGAUUUCAUGUUUGGCAGAAUCAUAUUUCCUUCUUGGAGUGUUGGAACAUUCAAGUCAUUCAGAAACUAAAAAGGUCAUUCAUGAGCUAUUCCAAAAUGCCAUCAAAUAUUUUACCAUUUACAGAAAUAUGACAGUAUCUGAUCAUCAGCAGAGAGAGGAGGAAUAUCAUAAUACCAUUGGAUUAUGUCAAUAUUAUUGCGAGAAGUAUGAAGAAUCUCUGGACUGUUUCACACAAUCCAUCGCUUCAAAUCCACAAUCAGCUAACGGUUUUUACAACAAGGGAAUGUUAUUCGAAACUUUGAGAGAUUACAAACAAUCCCUGCAACAAUACAAACAUGCACUUCAACUUUCCCCUCACGACAGUGAUUGUGCAUGUUCUGUUAAAAGAAUAGAUAGACUUUUGAAGAAGAAUGCAUUCCUCCAUCACGACCUUUUGUAA